AUGGAGUGAAGGGAAGAGAGUGUCUGCUUUUAAAAAGCAUCAAUUUGUGUCAGUUUUGCUUUCUCUGUGUGUUCAACAUGAUGUCUAUGUCUUUCGUUCAGAUAAUUUUGAGCAUGAGGGAAAAGCUGUGUAUGCAUAUGCAUAAAUAUUAGCUGAAACAAUACUAAUACACAGACACAGAGAUGGGUUUAAGUUUGAACAUGGUGUUUCAGUUUCAGUUUCAGCUUCUUUGUUCAUUCUUCUGAUAUACUUUUUCUGCAACUCACACUCAAAAACAUUUGGGAUUAGACAUUUAUUCUAGAUGCUACAUGGAUUUUUCAGACUCUACAAAAAUUGUGUUCAACAGAAUCAGGAAACUGGAACCAGAGCAUGUUACAAAGAUUAUUGGGUAUCUUCUUCUACAAGACCAUGGUGACCAAGAAAUGGUUCAGUUGGCUUUGAGUCCUGAUAUUGUUAUUCAGGAACUUAUAUACAAAGCCAAAGCUGAGCUUCAGCAAUUGCCCCUUAAAUCAGCAUCAGCUCCGAUUUCACCUUCUAUGAACUCACCGCCAGUUAGUGAUGGCCCAUUUCAGUACACACCUUUUUCGCCAGUUUCAUCCAGGCCUGCAAUGUCACUACCAGCAAGCUUUAGAGUUCCAUCCUAUUGGGAGAACCAUGUCGUGGCCAAGCAUAAUUCGGAUUUUGUGCCUUUAGGCUAUUCGGAUUCUAUCAAUGAACUCCAAAAUCAAGCUCAGUUCUUGAGUUUAGAGGACCAAAUGGAGCAUGUUAACUUCGGGAAUACAGGAUUUGCAAAUGAUUAUUAUUACUCCGAUGCAGUUUUGAGUAAUUUAGGUGCAAGAAGUCGUCGUUAUACAUCCCCGACCGAAAUUCCGGUAAAGACGUGUCACUACUACAACAAAGGGUUUUGUAAGCAUGGAAGUAAUUGUAGGUACUACCAUGGGCAAGUCUCAGAGAACUACUCUCAACUGUUUGUGCAUAAUUCAAUGGAUGGUUUUAAUGAAGACCAUGUUUUCUCACCGGGGUCACUCGAGAAAUUAGAGUUGGAAAUCGUUGAAUUAUUGAAAUCAAAAAGAGGAAAUCCUAUUUCAAUUGCUUCACUGCCAAUGAUAUAUUAUGAAAAGUAUGGAAAAGUUCUUCAGGCCGACGGUUAUCUCACCGAGAGCCAGCGACAUGGCAAAGCUGGUUAUAGUUUGACCAAGCUUCUAGCUAGAUUGAAAAACAGCAUUCGGUUGAUUGACAGGCCUCAUGGACAGCAUGCUGUGAUUUUGGCUGAGGAUGCACCGAAAUACUUGGAAAGUCGAAACGAGAGGAGUGACCCUGGUCCGAUUGUUUGUGGAUCACGGCAGAUUUACCUAACAUUUCCAGCUGAGAGUACUUUUUCAGAAGAUGAUGUCUCCAAUUACUUCAGCACCUAUGGAGAGGUUGAAGAUGUCAGAAUUCCUUGCCAACAGAAAAGGAUGUUUGGAUUUGUAACCUUCGCCAGUGCAGAUACUGUGAAAAUAAUUUUGGCAAAGGGAAAUCCACAUUUCGUUUGUGGUGCUCGCGUUCUUGUGAAACCUUACCGGGAGAAAUCGAAACUUGUUGAUAGAAAAUACCAAGAGAGAAUGGAGCCUUCAAUCUAUUUUUCUCCACCAUAUAUAGACAUGGACUCCGAGCUUCAGUCAUAUUCACGAGGAUGCGAGACCUCAAGAUUUCUCAGGAAACAGCAGCUUAUGGAAGAGCAUGAGCAGGCUCUUGAAUUCGAGAGGAGGCAUCUCGCAGAACUUCAAUUAGUGCAAAAACCUCUCGCUAGUCAGCCUUAUUUUGGCUACUCCAUGGAUGGCUUGAAAGUCUCAGAAGAUCAUCUCAAUUUUCCGUCAGCAGAGCGUUUCAGUUAUCUGCUAGAUGUUUUGAACAAUGGCUCUGCCGCUGAUGGUGUCAAGCAUGCAGAGAAUAAUUACACUGACCAAGAGAGCAGUGAAGGUCUUAAUCUUCCAGAUAGCCCAUUUGCUUCCCCUAUAGCUAGUGGCAUUUCCACCGUCAUAUAGGCUCAGCAACACACAGAAGAACAACACUUCAGAGUUAAGAGUAAUGGCACAAAGGCGCAACAUCAAUGGUUUGAUAGCAACUCUUUUUUUCAUUGAACUUGUUUAUCAUCGAAGUUCUCCACAAGUACAUACUUGCUCAAGAAAACACCGGAGAAUCUACUCUGUUGAAAGUAGCGAAGAUGAACAUGAUACGUAGAUUUACAGGAAGGUUUUACAGGUUUUUCUUUCUCUUUUAAUCAUAAUCACACAAAGAAGGCUAUGGAAGACUUAGAAGAUAUAGUCUUUUAGUGAAACCCAAAAACAAAAGAAACAAAAAAUGUAUAAGCAGUGUUCAGAGAGGUCGAUAUAUGUUUAUGGUCUCUGUUACCACUCAGAAAUAGAUGGAAAUAACUAUUAACAAAAGGGUUAGUAGCAGCAGCUUAUAACAGUUUAUAAACGUUGGUUGCUAGUUUUGUAAAUUUUCACCUCAUAUAGUGGAAACCUUUUCUAGUCUC